UCCAAGUUGGUUGUCCAGAUAACUAGGUAUAUACAGGCAUCCUCCUCGAAUUUCAAACACCUCUAUAUUUACAGCUCUGGUAGAAAGAGGGUUUUGGCGGGGUUUAGAAAUCGAGCCAUCACAACUCAUUAGUGGUAUCAAUGGCUGGUGCACCGCCAUCUUCUUCUGUUAACAACUCUUCCUCUUCUUCGUCUUUAGCUCCAAAAAUCCUAUUAGCUAAACCUAAUUUAACUACUUCAACUGACCCAUCCUCAUCAUCUUCGUCUCUUCGAUCUCGUUUACCUUCUACUGGAUCCCUAAAUCUUCUUUCUGAUUCUUGGGAUCUCCAUGCUGAUCGAGUUCUUCCGUUUCUGACGGAAAACACUGAUUUCACUGUAAUUGGUGUAAUUGGACCUCCUGGUGUUGGAAAAUCGACGAUUCUGAAUGAAAUCUAUGGAUCUGAUGGGAGUUCAUCUGGAAUGCUCCCACCUUUCAUGACGCAAUCGGAAGAGAUUAGAGCUAUGGCAAAGCAUUGUUCUGUGGGUAUUGAACUUAGGGUUUCUUCUGAGAGGCUAAUACUUCUUGAUACCCAGCCUAUAUUCAGUCCUUCUGUUUUAGCUGAGCUAAUGCGGCCUGAUGGAUCAUCAACAAUUGCUUUAACUAAUGGAGAGACUCUGUCUGCUGACCUAGCUCAUGAGAUGAUGGGUAUUCAGCUUGGUGUUUUUCUGGCAUCCAUUUGUCAUAUGCUGCUAGUUGUGUCUGAGGGAGCUCAUGAUAUUAACAUGUGGCAUCUGAUGCUGACGGUUGACCUGCUGAAGCAUGGCAUACCGGAUCCUUCUUCAUUAACGCCUUCUUAUUCUCAAACCCCCAACAUGGGAUCCGAGAAGGAACCCAAAGAUAACAUGCAGGAAGCUGUUAUAGAGUAUUUGGCUGCUCCCGUUUUUGUUCAUACAAAGUUGUGGGAUGAAGACCUAUCUCCUGAUAAAGCUACUUGGAUGAGGAAGAGACUGUCACACUAUUUCAGUUCUUCAUCUUUCAAAGGCACAAAAUCUGAGACCACGGCUGAGGAGCAAAAUGAUUAUGUUGAACCUCAUGUUAUCAAUACUGAUAACUUAAGUUCAAUGGGGAUGAAUUUAGUUUUACUCCCACACAGAAACCAAGAUGACUCCGUAACAGCUCAAUAUGAAAGUUACGUAACCUUAAUAGAGAAGCUGCGAGAUCAGGUGUUGUCAAUGAACUCUCGACCCUUUGCAAAGACGGUAUCCGAACGUGAAUGGUUGAAGAACUCUGCUCGAAUAUGGGAAACGGUAAAAAAUUCUGCAAUUAUUGCAGAGUACUGUAAGACUCUUCAAGGUUCAGGUAUGUUUAGGAAGUGAAAGCAACUCUCGUACCCAUCUUUCCCAUGAAAGCAAAACUCGCAACUUGAUUUGUCAAGUUAGAAUGAAGUCGAUCCUAAACUUAAUUAGCUUGAUUGUUGACAGCCUUGUAACUUGCAAGUCCAGCGAAUGCAAAGAAAGUUAGAUUAGUAAUUUUUAUUCUGUAACUGAGUCUCUUCCUUUUCCCGUAUCACAUUUAUUUCCUCUGCUAAACACUUCAAAUAGGAUAUUGUUAUUUUGACUGUAAAUUCCAUCCAAGGAUUUUGAUCAGUUCAAAAAGAUGAUCGUAAAUUAUGUAUGCUGGCCACAUGGUUGAAAUGAAUAUGAAUAAAAAAAAGUUGGUGUUAGCAA